GACGCUGUUUAUCUGGAAUUAGUUCCCAUGCUGUCGAAAAUCAAUUCUCGUCGGCAACUGGCUCUUCACCUUUCUGCAAGGCCGAAUCUCCUCAGCAUCGUCCUGUCGUACUUCUAAACCCUGACAGUAUUCUAGCAUCAGCGAAGCAUCUAGUGAACGAGACAAGAGCGGCAGUUGAUUCGAUUAGCAAUGAAUCCCAGAGAACUCCAGAAGAACGCCACACGCCUCAACAACUGCCCUCACCUUCAGCAGGCAACGAUGACAGUAUGGAUUUGCCUUCUGAAACUUCUUUGGAUAAAGCCCUUUCUUGGGAAAGUCAACUCGAAAGCGGUGAGACAAGGACAAGCGAGUAUGGUCAUGGAACUGACUGCAAUAGUUGGACAGGGACAUUGUUACCCGGUGCAACUAAGCCAAGCGGUAAUCAUUCUACACUACAGCUCCACGAUUACGCAACUUGGAGUGCUCACCAGAUGACCGAGCAACCAUUGGCACUUAAUAACUCUUCUGAUGUCUGCAUGAACAUAUUUGCGGUUCCUACCAGUGCUGUCCCUUCCAGCUGGUCUGGGAAACUAAGUAGCCACUAUUGGCAACAAAAUCAGCCAUUGUUGGAAAAUUUGGUUGUUUCUUGCCAGAAUCGUGGUGUAUUUGGUAUCCCCAAUUCUCCUUCGCCAGUAGAAGGACUGCGGACAGAGGCCAACGAAAAUCAGUUCCUUCCAGUAAACUACACGACCGCCGACGAUUUGACAACACGAAACGAUUAUGGCCAAGAUUCCUCUAGUGUACAUCAAGGACCUUGGCCUUGGAUGAUAGCAUUCAAUUCGGAGUCUGAGCUUUCAGAUACGCAUGCUGGCGCCUCUUACCUGGAAACCACAGCGACCUCCAGUCCAGAAAAGGUCGGCUUACUUGACCAUGAGCUGUGUGGUUGUGGGUUAAUGAAAACACAAGUCCCUUUGGUAACGCGCGCACUUUUCACCUCACUGCCGCAAUAUACAGAGCCCUCCAUGGUGACGGAAUCCAAUACGGCCCAGAGUUUCAGCUUAUCGGGGUCAGCAUUCCAUACAGUUACCCAGCAAUCUCAUAACCCGUACCCAACAAAGAGCCUUGUUCAGACGGUCUCUGCAACUCCCUCACUCAGCGUUAGAAACUACUCGCAAACGACGAAGUCAGCUGACUGGCGUACUGAACCCUCUGAGUACAAUAAAAGUGAUAAACGAGGAAGGAAAAGAAAGUAUCAAAAUGAAAAUGCGCCUCCGAACAUCAUUUCAAACAGGUAUGCAACUGCUACUACUGAUAUCACUCUGAGAUCUGCUCUUUGCGAUAGACUAAGUGAUCGUGCGGUCACAGGUGAGGCAGCAGUUUCACAUAUGGGACAUGCCGAUGAGCCCGAGGGAACGCAGCAGUUCGCUUUCUGGGGCUCUGAUGAUUCAGGCAAUGGGGCACACAGCCCAACUCGUCAUCGGUUGCUGAACAAGUUUGCGCUUGAGAUUAUGGAUCGUUGGUUUUAUAGUCACAUCGAUAACCCAUACCCCUCAAUGGAAGAAAAGAAAAAGUUGGCCGAAGUUGGUGGAAUUACUGUCGCACAGGUUGCCUCGUGGUUCGCUAACCGCCGGACUCGUACUUCAAAUACUCGACCAAAGAAAAGCAGAUGUGUUUUUUUCCAGAAGGUUAAAGAAUUGAGUAUGAACCUAGAGCACGCAACUCAUGGUCUCAUUUGUGCUGAAGACCUGGAACGACAGUUCACCCAAAUGGUUAAUCAACACCUCGUCUGAAGAUUACCCCUACUACGACUACUUGGUGUCGGUGGUGUUGUACUCAGGAAGUUAACUUUGUUUUGACUGUUUUGUAUAAGUUUCGUUUACUUUUGGUUUUUAUUACCACAACGACAAGUAAAUUUGUUCUUUGUUAUUCAAAGUCACAUUUGUAACCUAACCUGAUCAUUUCGGGGCUGCUGUAAGGUGGUCAUUUGUCGAUGUGUGGAUCGCUUAUGCGGCGCCUUGAUGGAUGGAACAGUGAAUUGUUUAGGUAACAAAUCUAACUUAGGGUAGUUCGGCAGACAGGAGUAUGCUCGCCUUUACUCUUUUACCUUCGUUUUUUCUGACUAGAACCUGCAG